CUGACUGAUCCAGCGUCUCAUCCUCCUCGUUCGAGCUCCGGCGGCCUUUCCAGCUCGGCUAUGCGGAGCGGUCUGCGCUAAGGCGCGCCCGUCUCGUUCGGAUCCCAAGGCCCGGUGCACGCAGGCAGCAGGCGCGGCUCUUCAGGGAUGGCCAGCAAGCCGUUUUCCUUCCAGACGCGCCUCAGCUCGGUGAUGGAGGUGAUGACCAGGGCGGUCGUGCGGGAGGUCUGCGAGAUGGUAGACGGCGAUUUGGCGUGUUUACGCCUGGAGCUGGCGCGAGCCCUCAACGAGAAGGCGGCUCUCAGCGUGAAAAUGCACGAGCUGGAGAGCGAGGUGGAAAUCCUGCGCAGUGUCAACACAGGCGCGCGGAGCCCGGGCAAGAAGUACCGCUCAGUUUGCAUCCAGACGCUGGAAGAGCUGGACGCGCCCUCCAUCAACGGGAUAUUUGGAAAAGAGUGGUGCUCCAGUCUGUGGGAUGGGAGAGAGCCAAGAGCAGAGGAGAAGGCAACAGAAGUGGAACCUGCUGUGCCUGAUGAGUCUGAACUGCAUGAUCACAGUAGAACACUGGCCAUCAAAGAGGAAAAUUCAGAGAAGGAAAUUUGUUCAAGCAAUACAACAGCAGCUGCGAUGCCCGCCAGGAGAAAUAACCCGUCUUCUCCAUCAGAGCAUAAUGAUGUUCUAGAAGUGAAUCUCAUUGACGAUUAUGAUGAUGACAACCAAGACAGCGAGGACAUAUAUUUCAUAUCUGCAGGAUUUCUGGGGGCUCCUGAUGUCCACCCCAUGCCAUCCAGUUUUGAAAGAGCAGACUUUACAAAGAUUAUAUCCUCAGAUGGCACCGUUAAGCAUUUGAUAUUGCCAAGUGAGGAGCAGCUGGAAUUCGAUGAGCAUUGCAUGCCCAUUGAAUUUAUUGAGGGCGAGCAUCCAGAGGCGCAGUCAUUUGGGGAACAGCAGGAGGACCUAUUCCUGGAUGCAGAAAACACGUCCAGCUUAGGUAGCGCUGAAAACUUAAAUUACUUUGACAGAUUUGACCUGCAGGAAGAACCGGAGCCAGAGAUGGAGAUAGCAAAGACUCCGAAAUUCAGCUGUUUGGAGUGCGGCAAGACGUUUUUGCGGCAAAGUAGUCUUACUUUACACAAGAAGUGUCACCAGAGGCAUAAUUCGCACACGUGCAAUUCUUGCAAGGUGGUAUUCCCUCAAAUGAACUUGCUCAGAACCCACAAGUGUCUGCCCCCCGACAACCGUUCAAAAACACUCAACCAAAAGUUUGGUUGUGAGCAGUGUGGAAAGCGCUUCCAUUCCAGGGCCAACCUCAGGGUUCAUUACGCGGUGCACACGGGCGAGAGGCCGCACAGAUGCAGUUACUGCGGCAGAGGGUUCACCCAGAAAGGGAACUUGAACACCCACGAACGCAUCCACAGAGGAGAGAAGCCUUUCGUAUGUUUAACCUGUGGAAAACGAUUCACGCAGAAAGUGAACCUAAAUCACCACUUGGGCAUUCAUAGUGGAAUAAGACAGAGCAAAACAAGGAAGUCUGCAGAAAAAUCACAGUGCGCAUGAACAUUAUUUCAUUUCAGCUUAUGUCGGUCGGUUGUAUCAUCAUUGUGCAAUAUAAAAAGUAACGGAAUGUGAGAACCUAGCAUUGAGUACAUGAUAUAAUAUGUGGAACUGUAGCUUUGAAAUUGACAUUCUGUUUCUAGUUGCUUGUAUGUUGACAGUUCUGAGUUACCUUCAAAAGGUUAUCUGACAAACUAGAUUAUUUGCAUCAGUAGCUUUUAUACGGUGUACUCUGGAGGAAUAUAGUAGGAUUCAGUAUGCAUAAAAUAAUUUACAUGACAAAUAAACAGUUUUUUUUGUAUUUACCUCUGAAUUUAGGAUGCAUCAUUAGUUAAAAUGCAUUGGAAUGUAUGACAUUGUGUUGUGUCAUAUGUCUGUAUUUGGAUGUACAGUACUCUACAAAAGUCAGACCCUUUUUAUUUGUAGUCAAUUACUUUUUUUUCUAAGCCAUUACUGUUGAGUUUUUCAAAGAAAUCUGCAGGGAUAUUUUUUCACACUCCAAAGUUCAGUCUUAAAAGUUGGUUUCAUGUUUUGCUUUUCACAGUCCAUGUAUUCUCAAAUACAAAAUUAGCCGUGUUCUUGUGCAAA